GAGGAGAGUGGGGAGGCUGGGCUCAACUUGUUUUGCAAGACAGGAAAAGCGGGUGCCUAGCUGGACCCCCCGAGCUCCCCCGGAAGGCCCCAGGCUCCAGCCCUCAGCACUCGCUGCUUUGGAGCUCUGACAGGCCCCUGUCACGACCAGCCGGCCAGGCUCUCCCCACAGCGGGAAACAAGCUCCUGUCUUGGAAUGAAGACCGCCUGGCCGAUCCUCUCGGUGGCUUCCCUCCUCUUCCUCCUCUCUCCUCCCAGCUCCUCCUCUUCGGCUCCCAGGAACCCGGCCGGCUCUCUCCUCUCGGAUGGACAGGCGUGCAUAGGCUGCGUGCUGAUGGUGUCCAUAGUGGAACAGCUCGUGCAAGUCCACAACUCGACCACGCAGAAAGAGAUGGAGAGGCUGUGCAGCUACCUCCCUGAAAAGCUAUUCCUGAAAAGCAUCUGCUACCUCAUGGCAGAAGUGUUUGGACCAGACAUCGUCAAACUGCUUAGCUUGAAGAUGAAUCCCGAUGUGGUCUGCCAUGCCUUCCAGUUUUGUAAACAGGAACCUGGGCAGCCCUUCUGCCAUCUUUAUCGUCCUCCCCAGGAGGGUCUGAGGAGGGCGCUGCACAGGGCCAGAACGAUCGUCCAGCACUCACCGGCCUUGACCAGUCAUGGCGGCAUGAUCAGGAUCUGUUCAAUCCCUGUUUUGGACAAGAUCUGUCAGAAGAUCGAACACCUUCUCGACACCACGCUGCCUUUCGAAGACGCAGAUGGGGACAAGUACAGCAUCUUCCCGACUCUGCGAGGCUUUCACUGGAGAGGCCGAGACUGCAACGACACAGACAAGAACGUGUACCCAGGCCGGCGCCCGGAGAACUGGGACGCGCAGCGCGAUUCCAACUGCAACGGCAUCUGGGGUACAGAUCCGAAAGACGGCAUUCCAUAUGAGAAGAAGUUCUGCGAAGGUUCAGAAGCCAAGGGUCUCAUCGUCCUGGGGGACUCGGCAGCAGCCCAUUUCCACAUUCCCCCAGAGUGGCUGAUAGCGGCACACAUGUCUGUGGUAAGUACUGCCUGGGGUGCUCCUGAUAGCCUGUCUCCUCCUUUGUCCCCCCACCCCUAAGCCAGGGAUUGGGGAAAUCUUUCCGUUCCUGCUACUCAUCCCUGCCAAUCAAAUAAUCAGCAUUUUAAAAAGCACCUACUAUGUGCCAGGCACUCUGAUAAGUGCUGGGGAUACAAAAGGUUAAAAAGAUGGGCCCUGGACUCAGGAGAGCCAGGGGCAAGGCCCAGCUCCUGCAUUUCCCACCCUUGGGACCAGAAGUGGGAGAGUCACUUCUGGGUUUCCUCGUCUGGAAAGCAGAAUAUUUACAUUGUCUGCAAGUUUUGUAAAUUUGUUGUGGUUCAGUCUUUUUCAGUCGUGUCUGAUUCUUUGGGACUCUAUUCGGGUUUUCUCAGCAAAGAUACUGGAGGGGUGGGCCAUUUCCUUCUCCAGCUCAUUUUACAGAUGAGAAAACUGAGGCAAGCAGGGCUAAGUGACACAUUCAAGGUCACAUAGCCAGAAGUAUGACCCACCACAGUUCCAGGGAGCUCAUGAUAAAAACAAGUUGCAGGAGCAGCUGGGUGGAUUGAGAGUCAGGCCCUGAGAUAGAAAGUCCUGGGUUCAAAUCUGACCUCAGACACUUCCUGCUAUGUGACCCUGGGCAAGUCACUUGACCCCCAUUGCCUAGCCCUGACCACUCUUCUGCCUUGGAGCCAAUGCACAGUAUUGAUUUUAAGACAGAAGGUGAGGGCUUAAAAAACAAACAAGUUGCCCACCUCCUGAUGAAGAAGUAAUGGACUCCCAGCACAGAUUGAGACAUUUUGGGGGGACUUUUUUGUUGUUGUUCUUGACUAUUCAUGUUGUAACAGUGUUUU